UUCAGUAUGUCAAUGUUACGGCGUCCAUUAACACAAUUAGAAUUGUGUGAGGACGAUAUCCAAUGGCUGACAGAUCAACUGAACAAGAGGGUACUUCCAGCUGUGAUCGUGCCAAAAUGCGAAAUGAUGGAUAUUGACGAAAUGGAGCCGAUGGAUCAGAGUGAGCCUCCACGUGGCAUAACUAGGAGAAAUCUCAGAUCGGCGGAUAGAAAGAACAGAGACGUUCCAGGACCAAGUACGGGAGAGUGCACGCGUACUUCCAUUGCACCGACUUUAACAUCUGCUCGAACUCCUGUCGCUGCUCCAACUCUAACACUUUCGACGCCAGUCAACCCUGUCUCAUCAGCUGAAAUGUUGAGAGUUAUGCCACCUCGUGUAGGUCGACGUCCACGAGCUUCUCGUUCUGGUGACAAUGAUUCGCCACUCCUCUUCAACGCUUAUGAUACACCACAGCAAGGAAUCAAUGACGAAUCUCCAACACCCUCUGACUCUCCCGAAUCUCCUAAUGCUCAUCUCUAUGGUGCUACUCCCGGCAAUCCUACUUCAACUUCUGGAGGACCUUCUUCAAAUACACGAUCUCACAGACACUAACAACUACUGGUCAGGGUUGUGUUUAGGCAAACGUGCAAAACCCGCUUAUUUCAAUAUAAUAAUUCACUUUUUGAUCUAAAAUUGAUUUAGAAACGUAGAAAAACUUUUAGAGGUCUUCUCAAGCUUUUCAUUAAAAGUGAACCGUUUUAUACAUUUCUAUAUUUAUCAAUUUUUAAUUUUUUAAAAACUUGGAUUGUUAUACUGAAAUUCGCAGUUUUACACGCCCUGCUACUGAUCUCCCUUUCAAUUCCAACUUCCUCAGCGUGCUUUCUUCUUUUUUCGAACUAAAUAAAUUUGUACAAUAUUUGAAA